CUUAGGAACAAGCUCAACCUCCGAUUUCCCAAUUUGCCCGCUGCACACGAGAAAAGACGCAGCAAUCCGGUUGAAGGAUUUGUAGAACUCCAGGAAGAGCCGCGCCCGAUUUCUCAUAUCAUCGUCGAACCAUCUCCUUUGCAAUCGCUCGCUCAUUUGACUGAGAGGCGAUGCCCGCGUUUCAUCGGGCUGUUGCAGCUAUUUCGCGGCAGGCAGUAUUCAGAGGUGUGCAGAGUCAACAUGUUGUCGCACGUUCUAUCAGUGCCUCAGCAUUGAAGUCUGCCAUUGCUCAUCCCAUUACUACUCACGGCCCGCCACCUAAGGCCCCUUCACCUACACCUGCCAAUGCAGAGCUACUACAGAAAGAUGCGUCUUCGCAUCAGAAAAGCGAGAAAAGUCCGCUGCCAGGGAAAUCAUCUGUGCUUAAGAAGCGUUUCUGGAAGAAUGUUGAUGUUAAGCGGAAGUCAGAUGGGGAUUAUCAGGUUUUGCUAGACACACGCCCUAUUCGGACACCUUCCAAAGACGUAUUAUCCAUACCGUCAACGAAGCCUUAUCUUGCACAUGCGAUCGCGCUGGAAUGGGAUGUCAUGACCACUGCCCAGCAAGCGCUAAAGAACCACCUUAUCCCAUUAACUUCUCUGACCGCUCGAGCAGCGGAUAUUGCUGCAGAAGAUGCUCGAGGCGAAACUACUACGAGAGAUCAAAUAGUGAAGACGGCGAUGCGGUAUUUGGAAACAGACACCUUGUUGUGUUGGGUGCCGGAGCAGAAUGUUUACGCUGCUGAUGAAGUGGAUGCCGAUGGGAAGAAACCGGAAAGUCUCCGAGAGGCCCAAAUCCGGGUCGCUAAAGAUACAAUUGCCUUCUUGAGCACCAAAGUAUGGCCCGGCGUGGACAUUCAGCCCAUUCUUGACACCGAUAGCAUACUACCUGCCUCUCAGCCUCAGGCUACAAAAGACAUCAUUCUGCAGUGGAUAUCUGGUCUGCAGGCUUACGACCUGGCGGGACUGGAGAGAGGAGUGCUGGCCGCAAAGAGCUUGUUGAUUGCAGUCCGUCUGGUCGCUGAAUGGAGUGAGACGUUCCGAGAGGUGCAACGACCGGGGCGAGAGAGGUUCGGCAUUGAGGAAGCAGCGGAAGCAUCCAGUCUGGAAGUCAGGUGGCAGACUGAUAUGUGGGGAGAGGUUGAGGAUACCCAUGAUGUCGACAAGGAAGAUUUGAAACGCCAGCUCGGCAGCGUCAUUGUAUUGGUUAGUGGAGAGACAAGGUGACUGAUCUAAUGCAUUUCAUUAGAACCGAGCCGUUGGGAUCACACCUUUUGUACAAUAUAAGUCCACAGAGAUUACUGUCACUGUUUUAUUAGAGAGCAAUGUAACUACAGAGAGCCCCUUUCCGCCUGCUGUGUCCAUCUCGCGUAGUCGUCCGGAGGUAGUGAAACCCAUCCGUCUUGGCCAACGCGCGGGAAGAAGAACAUCGUCACCAUCUCCGUCAUUCCUUGCGCCUAGUCACGAAAAUUGUACGCCAAUCAGUCCAGAAAUCUUCACUGACUUCCAUGUUAGCUUGCCUGGCACCCUGCGAUAAUAAUUCAUCCGGUCUCCCUCAGCCAGUUCCGGGUCUAAACAAGUGUUGGAAGCCAGCGAGAGAUGACGGAAAGGGGCGAAGGACAUAAACGCUCUCGAAGUUCCC